ACAGCAAAUAUUGAGCACCUCCUGGGUCCAGGCACUGCACUAGGCUCUGGCAAGACGGCAGGAACAAGGCAGACCUGGUACGUGCCCUCCUGAAGCUCACACUCUAGGAAAGGGACAGACACAGGACACAUGAUCAGAAAACUUCAGGGUGAGGUUGAGAGCAGAGAAAGGAGUGAUGCUUGUGGCUAGAGCAGUAUGAGAAGGCUUCUCAAAGGAAGUUGCUCAGAAUGAGGAAGGAAAAGAGCAGGGUGCUCAGGGAACUGCUUGUGACUCUUUCUGGCAGAGAUUAAGGAGGGAGAUCAAAGCAGAAGCUGUCCUGCCCCAGGCUGGGGCCUUCCCCCCAGAGCUAGAGAGGAGGCAGGACCCUGAGUGCCUGGAUAUCCCCUAGGGCGAUGGGGAGCACACUUCUAGAGUUUCAAGAGCGUUUUCAAGAGUUCCCUGCAGCCUGGUCCAGGUGUGUGCAUUCAUGUGUGAGGAGCCUAAGUGGGCAGUAAGCAUCCUGACAGCUAGAGAAGCUGGUCAGGGUGAUGGCAGCAGGCCUGGACCCCUGGAAUGGCACUGACAAUGACACCUGGGAUGGGGAUGAGCUGGGCUAUAGGUGCCGCUUCAACGAGGACUUCAAGUAUGUGCUGCUGCCUGUAUCCUAUGGUGUGGUGUGCGUGCUCGGGCUGUGUCUGAACACUGUGGCCCUCUACGCCUUCCUGUGCCGCCUCAAGACCUGGAACGCCUCCACCACGUACAUGUUCCACCUGGCUGUGUCGGAUGCACUGUACGCGGCCUCCCUGCCGCUGCUGGUCUACUACUAUGCUCGCGGCGACCACUGGCCCUUCAGCACGGUGCUCUGCAAGCUGGUGCGCUUCCUCUUCUACACCAACCUUUACUGCAGCAUCCUUUUCCUCACCUGCAUCAGCGUGCACCGAUGCCUGGGUGUCUUGCGCCCCCUGCGCUCACUGCACUGGGGCCAGGCCCACUAUGCCCGCCGGGUGGCAGCUGCCGUGUGGGUGCUGGUGCUGGCCUGCCAGGCACCCAUUCUCUACUUCGUCACCACCAGCACACAUGGCACCCGCAUUACCUGCCACGACACCUCGGCACCCGAGCUCUUCAGCCACUUCAUGGCCUUCAGCUCCGUCAUCCUGGGCCUGCUCUUCGCCAUACCCUUUGCCAUCAUCCUGGUCUGUUAUGUGCUCAUGGCGCAGAGGCUGCUAAAGCCAACCUACGGGGCCACAGGAAACCUGCCGCGGGCCAAGCGCAAGUCGGUGCGCACCAUUGCCGUGGUGCUGGCUGUCUUCACCCUCUGCUUCCUGCCUUUCCACAUCACCCGCACCCUCUACUACUCCUUUCGCUCGCUUGACCUCAGCUGCCACACCCUCAAUGCCAUCAACAUGGCUUACAAGAUCACCAGACCACUGGCCAGUGCCAACAGUUGCCUUGACCCUGUGCUCUACUUCCUGGCUGGGCAGAGGCUCGUGCGCUUUGCCCGUGAUGACAAACCAGCCAUAAACCCCAUUCCUACCAUCCAGGCUCGCCGCAGGCUGGGCAUGCGCAGGUCAGACAUAAGUGACGCUAAGAGGAUAGAGAACCUGUCAGCCAGCAGGGAAGGCUCUAGACAGACAGCAUCUAUGCCAGCUGGUGACGAGAACACUAAGGAUGUCCAGCUGUAGGACCUGUACACUCUGGGCACGUGCAAGUCUGUAUGGGUGGCUGAAGGGGACCAAGACUUGUUCAAAUGGAACAGUCUCCCCAGAUAUGGACUCAUGCUGGAUGACCAAGGGAGCCAUGAGCCCACACUCUGUCAUUUGGCAGGGACUCAGGAUACAGUCUCUGUGGUCUAGAUUGUUCAGCAGUCCACACAGUCCCCAGUCAUCAUUUGUAUGUGUGAGUUGGGGAAUAAGGUUUCAAAAAAGGCAAGGGUUCAGGGCCAAUGCCACUCCUGGCCUGACUCCAACAUAAACAGCCAUCCAUGCCUGCCAGGUACCUAGGCUAGAGUCCAGCCUAAUCAAAUCAAAUGGAGAAACUGAGACCCAUUUGGAGAGGAAGGUGACUUACCAAGGUCACGUAGCAGAGUCUGAGCCAUAGGUACCUGGGCUGGGGUAGAGUCACAAGGUGACCAGAGGACCCUGGUAAGUGACCAGAGCUGAGCCACUUACAGGAGUCGAGGGGAAGGCUGGGUACCAUAGUGGACUCAGCUCUGAGGAGAUCCCCCAGCACAAGAGAUGAACAUCUGGGGACUGGUACCAUAAACCCAUCUAUAGGCUCCCCUGGAUGGGAGCCAGUUUGAAGCUGUAACUUAUACUAAAGAUUUUGUUGCUUGCUGAGCUGAGCUGUGGCCAGUGAGUGGCCUGGGAAUGGGGAUGUAGCCUGGGAAGCUCUCACCACCCCCACCAGGUCCAUUUUCUAACCUGUUCUCUUCUGCCACCUGCCUUCCCAGUAACUGCCUCAGGAGUAGGCUUACUUAAGGGACCCCCCUCUUCAGCCCCAAAGUUAUCCUCUACUUUAAAGUCAACUGGCUUCUUUGCCUGGCACAAACAGGAAUCAGGUGAGGUCCCAGGCCUUGGGGAUCCCCCAGUCUAGGACUCAGUGGGAUGACUAGUCAUGUGCUGGUAAAUGUUAAACCAUUUAAUUGGCUCUGCGGAGUUAGUGCAGGGUACCUCUUAUUUGUAGCAUUGCCAAUUGCCAUAGUGUAAAUAUUCCCACCAUGAUCCAUUUCAGGCUACCAACGUGAUGUCAACUCCUGGCAAAAUUCCCCAAUUUGGGGAGCUCAGCUGGACAGGGCCCCGCCUGAAGGGACAGGGCAAAGUGGAUAGGCCUUACUCUUGACCUCAAGGAUGUUGACUCACUCCCUCUCCCUCUGGGAAAGCCUUUUCCCUGUGGACCCACUUUGCCUGAGUGAAGGUCCCUCUUCCCCCGAGACCUGCCUCCUAUGAUUUCUCUACUCAGAGCCUAGCUUCCCAGCUCCUUCAUGUGAUGGGGUUUUUAGAUCCAUCACUGGCCUAGGCUCAAAUGAUUACUCUCAAUUGUGCAAUGUGGGUAACCUACCCAAAGUACUGUGAGAUAUUCACCUCCCACAUUCUGGGUUCUAUACUUCUGUUAACAUAACCAGAAUCCCUCUAAGCUUUCUGUUAACAC